AUGUCUAUCAACCGGCUUCCUACCGAGACUCUAUUUCUUAUCUUUGGCCACCUUGUUGACGAACUCCCCCCCUUUCCAGGCGACGAUGUCAAAGUGCUAGAAUAUAGACAAGCGUCCUCGCGCUACAUGGGACAUUACCGGAGAUCCGUAGCCCUCGAAGAGCAUCUCAAUACCGAGGGCCCACGGAGUAGAGAGGAUAUACUCAGCCUGGCUCGGGUCAACGGCCGAUUUUACGAUAUCUGUGCUGAGCUUCUCUACAGACGUAUCAUCGUCACGGAUGGCAAGGGGUUUAGAAACUCACGCAAGCUACAAACCACACUGACGUCAUCAGGAGCCGAGCUCCAGAAAAGGGUUAUGCAACUGCGUAUAGGCUAUGAUCACGACUACGAUAUGAGGCUAAGUGUGCCACCAGUACUCUUUGAUCCCUCCGGAUUGACCCGACUGAGGACUCUAGAGCUCUCCGGGGACGUAGGAGGCUGUAGGCGGCGAUAUCAACGGUCCCUAGCACACUGGUUCAGUGCCAUCCCCAAGCUUCCGGGUCUCGAGCGUCUCGUGUUGAGAUGCCUGAGCUGUGUGGUCUACGACUUCAUGGAGGCCAGUAUACCCGCCUUGCCGCGGGUCACGGAUCUGUGUCUUUACGGCUGCGAUUUUUCCACAGGCAGCUUCUGUACACAAAAGGACUUCUUUCUAUGCUUCCCGGCGCUGCGUACCCUUACCAUCGGAGCGAGAUGGAAAACGGGGCUCCCGAACGACGCUCACGCCUUUGCGCCGUUUGCAGACACGUUGGAGGCGUUUACUUGGUACGAUAUGGGAGCCUCGUCGCCCUGGCCGACGAGGGAUCUCUCAAUAUUGGCGUACCCUCUACAGGCGCGGGGGCUCAGGGCGGUAAAGCACCUCAAGGUGACGAGUCUGCUCGAGCUCAUGUGCGGCGAAACGGACGGCUGCGCGGCUGGAAAGACUGUUGAGACGAUUGAGCUUCUCGAUGGCAUCUUUGACCUUGAACAUGUGCCUCAGCUGCUGACGAAAGAUGGGAGAUGGAACGGACUUGAUGAAUCUUCUUCGCCGGAGUCUUCGCCAUAUUAUUCUUCGUCUUCACUAAGCUCGGAGAAGACGAUUUCGGAAGAGAUGGAGAUGCUGCUCAAGUUCCUGUUCAGACAAUGUCGGGAUGUGUAUAGGCAGGUCAGAGUUCUUGACAUUCGGGUCAUUGAUGAUAAUGAUGACACGUAUAGAACGGACGAAGAGAGAGACUUCUUGCGCAAGCUUGCACUGGAUUAUGUCGGGAUUUUCAAAGAGGAACUUGACGUCGUCUUGUUGCAGGGUUUGUCUGGUUAA